UUAGCUCGACAAUAUGGUGACCAGUUUAUAAAUGCGACAUCUGCCAGUGAUACAUCCAAACUUUUGGUGAUUACAUUGAACGCCAACUCCGAAGAAUUUCUCAUGAAGUCUGUUAAAGAAGCUGCACGAAAAUUACGAUUGCCAGUAUGCAUGGAGCUAACAAACAAAAAUCUUGAAGAACUGAUGAAAAACCUGAGAGAUUAUUUCCGUGGCUACAGUGGUGCUUGGCUUCUUAUCAUUGAUGAUAUGUUUGAAAAGAAUGCUUUCAAUAAGUUAUUUCCACGCCCUGGUGUCAAGGAAUGGGGUGGUGGUCAGGUCCUUGUCACAACACAAGAUAAUAAUCUUGUACCAGCUGGUCAUUUGUUUGCAAAGCCAAUGCCCUUGAACGAAGGUAUGACUAAAGAAGAUGCCCUUGCAUUGCUUAAAGAGAUCAGUGAUGUUGAUGUUGAUGAUUUUGCUGAAGAAAUCAUUGAAGAGUUGCGGCGUCUUCCUCUUGCUUUGGCGUGUUGUGCAACAUAUGUUCGUGAAACAAGACAAGAUCGUGCUUCAACACAGUUUGGAUGGAAAGAAUAUCUAAACCUGUAUCGUGAAAAUGCCAAACUUGAAUCCCGAUCGUUUUCCAAUCACAACGUUUAUCCUUUUUCCAUGACGGCUGCUACUGCGAUGGCUGUGAAGCGAAUGGCAGAAACAAGUGAUGUUCUACGAUUGACAUUUUCGUUUCUUUCAUAUUGUGUAUUGCUUCCAGUUCCUUUGAAUGUACUAGCACACCACGUCAAGGAAAAUCUUCCAGACCAGAAUGAUAAACAGCCAACAACAAAGGAAGAAAUUGAAAACGAGAUUUCAAGGUGUACACUGCUCGUUCACGGACAGUCACAGAACGUUGAAACAAUAAAAUGUCAUCAGGUCAUUCGCAGUGCUUUUCAAAGUGCAGAAAACACAAAACCUGCUAAACAGCGGGAAAUUGAAUUUGUUAAAAUGAUUAAAUCUCAGAAUGAGACACUAGAUUUCAUGGACAAUACGUGUAAAGAAGACGUGCUUCGUAAAGUCCUUGUGAGACCACACCUGAAAUCAUUUGUUGGUUAUGCCAAUGGUAAGUCCUGGAAUAAUACGGCCGAAUUUGUUCUGAUUUCCAAGAAAAAAGAUCAGUUUCUUUAUUCAACAUUGGACAUGCCUAUUGAAGAAGCAGUCAAGAGUCUGGAAUUGCUCUGUAACAUUUCUUUAGAACUUGACUUAUCUGACGAGAGACGUUGUGAUAUAUUAGCCAACCUUGGCUUCUAUUAUCUAGAACUAGAACGUGAUCAAGAUGCUUCUGAUGUUUUACGUAAAGCUUAUUCCAUGACCGAAGAUAAAAGUGAGGAAGAAUGGUUGUUGUUAAGAUGUCGUAUCUCAUUCUACUUGGCCCAGACGUAUUGCAGUUUGGACAGUGUUGACCUUGGCAUAGAAAUGAUGAAGACGUCGAUUGACUUGGCGAAGGAAGUCUAUAUCAAUGAAGAAGGCAAAAUUAUGGAAAGAUAUUUUUGGCUUUCUCACUUUUGCUUUUCUUGGAAGAAAUUUUGGAAAUUAGGAACCAUUGUCAAAGAAGCAGAAGAAUUUAUGUCAAGUUGCGCUCCAGAUAGUGAGAGCUUAAGCAGAGCACGUUGUUUAGAUUACCUAUCGCGUGUGUACGAGUACUAUGACAAUAUUCAGUCUAUUUAUAAGGCUGUGAAGUACCGGAAGUACAUGACAUUAAGAGAAGAUUUGAUUAACAAAUCUGUAAACAUUUAUGAACGAGUACUAGGAGCAGGCGUCUCCUCGUGCUCAGAAUACUGUGCAUUACUCGCCAAGUCUGCAAUACUUAAAUUAGAGACAAACCCAACUGAAGCAAGAACACAACUUGAGAAAGCUCUUGAAUACUGCAAUCAAAAUGGCGAUAAGUUUAACCAUAGCUGGAUAGCUGCUCGUAAGAAACAUUUGUUUGACAAUUCAACUUGGUGGCGGAAGUUGUGUUAUGGUAUUGGAAAUUUAAAAAAGGGACGUCUAGUGUGGGCCGAGCAUAUUAACAUUUGUGAUGACGUCUUGGAAGAUUGUAGUAGUGGAAGAAUUUCACCAUCACCUCGAAUGAUAGCCCCGAUCAAGAGAAAAAGGACUUAUAUG